UACAUAUUCAUGCCCCCAAAGAAAGUCAUACGUGUAUUGCUCUCCCCUUACCAACCUAAACACCUCCUCCAGCUCCCUCUCUUCACCUCUUUUCAUGGCUAGUGAGCACCAAGAAAACUCAAAUGCUGCACAGUACUUGCAGUAUUUUACAGAUGAAGACAGCAAAAGUGAAGAAGAUGAAGGUGAAGAUGAUGAAGAAGAAGAAGAUGUGGAGGAGGAAAGUCCACAAGAUUGCAAAGGCAUGUUCUUGAAUCUGUGUGGUGGUGGCUCUAAAAGAAGAGGGUGGUCUCUAGGACAGGUGUUAGACCCUAGAGGCAAAUGGGUUCAGGAAUGGAAUAGGGUUUUUCUCCUCGUGUGUGCCACAGGACUUUUUGUGGACCCUCUCUUCUUCUACGUCCUCUCAAUAAGCGACACGUGCAUGUGCCUAUUCGUCGAUGGGUGGUUUGCCAUCACGGUCACGGCUCUCCGGUGCAUGACUGAUGUUUUGUACUUGUGGAACAUGUGGUUGCAGCUGAAAAUAGCCAAGAGACCACAUGGUGGUGGUGAAAGUGGUGGAGAUGGAGAAAGAGGAGGGUCCCGAGUUGCCGGCCCUUGCUCCUCGGCUCUGAGGUACUUGAAGGCUAAGAAAGGAUUUUUCUUUGAUCUCUUCGUUAUUCUGCCUCUACCCCAGAUUGUGUUAUGGGUGGGAAUUCCAUCUCUGUUGCAAAAGGGAUCAGUAACGCUACUGAUGAACGUGUUUCUGAUCAUUUUCCUCUUCCAAUAUCUCCCAAAAAUACACUAUUCCGUCUGCCUCCUUCGACGCAUGCAAAGUCUCUCUGGCUAUAUAUUUGGAACUGUUUGGUGGGGAAUCGCUCUCAACAUGAUUGCUUACUUUGUUGCAUCACAUGCAGCAGGAGCAUGUUGGUACUUGCUGGGAAUUCAAAGGGCUGCAAAAUGCUUGAAAGAACAAUGCAUAGAAACACCGGGUUGUGGCCUGGGAUUGUUGUCUUGCAAAGAGCCUAUUUACUAUGGAACAACAAGAAAAGUGAUGGAGAAGGCGAGAUGGGCAUGGGCGGAUAACAAGCUAGCAAGAUCUAUGUGCUUAGACAGCCCUGAUAAAUAUGAUUAUGGUGCAUAUAAAUGGACCGUUCAGCUUGUUACCAAUGACAGCAGAUUAGAGAAGAUACUCUUUCCUAUCUUCUGGGGCCUAAUGACUCUCAGCACUUUUGGGAACCUGGAGAGCACAACUGAGUGGUUAGAGGUUGUUUUCAACAUCAUUGUUCUAACGAGUGGGCUGCUCUUGGUCACCAUGUUGAUUGGGAAUAUCAAGGUGUUCUUGCAUGCAACCACAUCAAAGAAGCAAGCAAUGCAAUUGAAGAUGAGGAAUAUAGAGUGGUGGAUGAGGAAAAGGCACUUGCCUACGGGGUUCCGGCAGAGAGUGCGCAACUACGAGCGGCAACGGUGGGCAGCGAUGAGGGGUGUUGAUGAAUGUGAGAUGAUCCGGAACCUCCCUGAGGGCCUUAGGAGGGACAUCAAGUACCAUCUUUGCCUGGAUUUGGUGAGACAGGUACCACUGUUCCAACACAUGGAUGAUUUGGUCCUCGAGAACAUUUGUGACCGUGUGAAGUCUCUCAUCUUCACAAAGGGAGAAACAAUUACAAGGGAGGGAGAUCCUGUCCAAAGAAUGUUAUUUGUAGUAAGGGGACAUCUCCAAAGUAGCCAAGUUCUCAGAGACGGUGUCAAAAGCUGUUGCAUGCUAGGGCCUGGGAAUUUCAGUGGUGAUGAGCUCUUAUCAUGGUGCCUGAGAAGACCCUUUAUCGAACGUUUGCCACCAUCUUCAUCAACGUUGGUCACUCUUGAAACCACCGAGGCUUUUGGCCUAGAAGCUGAAGACGUGAAAUAUGUGACGCAACAUUUCAGGUACACAUUCGUUAAGGAAAGAGUUAAGAGAAGCGCAAGGUAUUAUUCACCUGGAUGGAGAACUUGGGCUGCUGUGGCUAUUCAGCUGGCUUGGAGAAGGUAUAAGCAUCGGUUAACGCUUACCUCAUUGUCAUUUAUAAGGCCUAGAAGACCUUUGUCAAGGUGUUCUUCUUUGGGAGAGGAUAGGCUUAGGCUUUAUACUGCUCUCUUAACUUCACCGAAGCCGAAUCAAGAAGAUUUUGACUUUUGAAAAUGAUCAAGUGCUGUAUACUAUGGUACAUUUCGUUGUUGAAAGGCAGUUGCAUUAUAUUA